AUGCAUAGCGAAAACCCUCCCGUUCUGCUCGACCUUGACACCUCCCUUCCACCAAACAUCUCGCGCAAGGAAACACAUCAGAGGGCCCAGACGACACUCAAGUCGACAAUACCAAUACCUCCGAGAAACUCCUCAUUACCGAAAGAAUGCUCCGAUCUUUACACCGAAAAUAAUGCCCACAUACAAGAAGCUUUCCUCUACUUCGAACCAGACACAAUCCCACGAUCAGCAGUCCUAUCUGAAGCACAGGGCACCAGCUCCGCAGCAGUCCAUCAGUCAGGGACACGUCAAAUCUGGGGACACCAGCGAUCAAGCACCACACUAUCACCCUCUAGAUUAAAGUCAACUUCGCUUGAGAGGAGCACGAAAGAGGAGAAGAUCGAUUCGGGUUUCAUGGCGACCCUUACAGGAGAUAAAGACGGGGUUGCAAGACCCACCAAAAAACCGAAGGGAGGAUUAGGAUCUUGGUUUUCUGGAACCUCAGCACCAACAGGAGAUAUAGAAAUUCCCUCGACAGACACAAUGUCAACACGAUCCACCUCAUCCGAAGAAGUAAUGGCAAAACCAAAAAGGAGGCAGACAACGGCGCUAGAACUAGGAAAACUGCCGCCGCCUCCUAGACCAGAAAAGUCAGGGCUGUUCGGAUUCUUCUCCCCGAAAACCGCAGAAAAGCCAAAAGACCUGCCAGCAGAUGUCAUGGACGAUGAAUUUCUCGCACUCGACAUCAACGCAGGAUUAUUCCCAAAUGGCACAGCCGACCCCUUCUCACCAGCAGCCUUCAACGACCUCCUCAUGAACGCCGAAGGCCUACUACUCAAACUUCAAACAGCAUAUAAACUCCGAACCCUUUCCCUCCACGAAAUUACAGCCGAGAAAUCUGCCCUGACCGAAGAAAUAGACGAAGCAGGUACACGAGCGCAAAUGUUGAAAUGCCAACUCGACGAAAUGGCAGCCCGAGUCCUAGAACAAGACAUCGCCAUCGCAGAAUUAGCCACGGAAUUAUCCCGCGAAAAAGCAGCACGAAAGAAGGAACAAGAAUCCAGGGCUUUUCUGCAAACCAAUGCUCGAAACUCGCAACAGAGUAUCCCCGAAAUCACGGAAGAGGAUCUGGGUAUUUCAGAUGCUGCUUCUCCUUCAUCCGCUCGCGGAAAGUGGCGUGGUUCUGCGGACCUCAGUGCGGAAGGGGAAUCAGAUGCAGAGAGUGGGGGAGCCGAAAGUGUAUUCUCACGUUCUCUAUCCCCAACCUUUACCAUGAACUCCGUUUCCACACGAGAAACUACUUCAGAUAUGCAACAAGAUUCUCUUGGGAAGUCGUUGCCUCCUAGUCCCAACCCGGCCACUGCGAGGCCUAAAUCUGCCAACUCGCAAAAGAGUGCCUUCCAAAAGCUCAUGUCGGGUAUCUCAUCCUCGGUGAUUGAGGAGGAUAAGGAGUAUGAAGGUAUUGGGAUGGGUGAGCAGGGGUGUAGUAAUUGUCGUGGCAAGGAUGCUAGUGUGGCUUGGGAUACGGUGGGCUUACUAAGGGCUGAGAAUAAGGAGUUAAAGGAGCAGGUUGGGAGUAUGGAGGACGCGCUUGAUGGGGCGCUUGCGGUGGUCAACGGGUAUGCUCAUUGA